GUGUGUUCGGAUCUGGCUCCGCCUUUGCUCCUCUUUUGGCCUUUGCCCUCGUUGGGGCGGGACUUCCUGUCUCGUGUGUCCAAGGGCUUCCAAAGUGAGGCCUGGCGCUGAGGGCAAGUCUGUCAGGCGGUGUGGCAGCGGGUACGGCCGCGAAUUAGCUCGGGCGUAGUGUACGGGUACUCGUCCACUCCUUCUUGCAGUUAUCCUCGCUCUUCUCCCACGGCGCCUCCGGGAGGCCUUGGCGCCCUGAGCGCCCAAGCGAGUGUCUGUCGGCAGGUUCGUAGAGGGCCAUGGAGGUGCCGCCGCCGGCGCCACGGAGCUUCCUCUGCAGGGCGCUGAGUCCUUUCCCUCGGGUCUUUGCUGCCGAAGCUGUGGCCGCCGAUCCCAAGGCUCUUGUGAAAGACCAGAAGCUGCCUUCCUACGUCCCAGAACCCCAAAACCCGGAAUCCGGAUGGGACCGCCUCCGAGAGCUGUUUGUCAAAGAUGAGCAGCAGAGAACGUCAAAAGAACUUCAGGAUAUUUACAAGGCGGCAAUUUCAGCAGGCGUCAUUGGCUGGGCAUAUGGGGGGAUACCAGCUUUUAUUCAUGCUAAACAGCACUAUAUUGAGCAGAGCCAAGCAGAAGUUUACCACAACCAGCUUGAUGCAGUGCAAUCUGCACAUCGUGCUGCCACACGAGGCUUCAUCCGGUACGGCUGGCGCUGGAGUUGGAGAACGGCCAUGUUUGUGACUAUAUUCAAUACAGUGAACACUGGUCUAAAUGUGUACCGAAAUAAAAAUGCCCUAAGCCAUUUUGUCAUUGCAGGAGCUAUCACUGGAAGUCUUUUUAGGAUAAACUUAGGCCUGCAUGGCUUGGUAGCUGGUGGCAUAAUUGGAGCCUUGCUGGGCACUCCUAUAGGAAGCCUGUUGAUGGCACUUCAGAAGUACUGUGGUGAGACAGUUCAGGAGAGAAAACAGAAGGAUCAAAAAGCACUCCAGGAGCUGAAACUGGAAGAGCGGAAAGCCAGACUACACUUUACUGAGCUCCUCCCUGAAGAAAUUGAAAGUAAUUUACAGAAAAAUCGAUCCAAGGCCGAUGCUAAGAAGAUUGAAGCACUGCUAAGUCUUCCUAGAAACCCUUCGUCAGCAGAUAAACAAGACAAAGACUGAACAUACUCUGGACUUAAAACUCGUUGGAGAGUUGAAAGCUGUGUUGCUAUGUCCAUUGAAUGCCAGUUAGUUGGGCUGCUGACAGAUGUAAGUAUGGGCAUCUGUAGUGGCAGUGACUUGCUCUUACUUUUUUUUUUAACCAAGAAUUGGGCUACUGUACUCUUACUUUACUCAUCCUUAAAUUUAAGUACAUACUUUUAUCUACAUUGAUUGAUCUAUAUAUUUGACAUUAUAUCUAUAUUGAUUGAUCAAUAUAGAUUUCUUUUCCCUGGAUUAUACAAUAGUAAAUUAAGAUUUCCCAAAAUAUUAAAGUUGAAUUGUACAGGUUGUAAAUUUAUUCUUGUAGCCCUUUAAAAGAGUACUGUAGGGAUCACUAGGAAGGAGAGGAAGGAACCAGGUAAGGCAAACGGUCUGUGAAACCCUUGCACCCUUGAGUCUUAGAAACAGUAAGGACCUAAAUGUGUAGUCGUGUUUAGUUCUGUCUUAAUAAAAAUCAAAGAUGGUUCCUGUGCCAUUUGAAAUAAUAUAAAACUUAACAAAAAGGAAGUAGGUAAGCAUUAUUAAAGAAACAACCAACCUUGUUUCCUAUCUCAGUAAUGCUGACAAGUAUCUCUGCUAUAGUAUACAAGAGUUACUCAGAAUAGAUACACUGUCUCUACACUCCAGGAGCUUGCUGCCUGAGAAGGAGGCUGCCCUGCAGAUUAUAACUUUUACUCAGUGAGAGGUGAGAAUGACUGAAUUGAGUGUACUGAGAGGAAAAAACUGCUAGUGCUUUGUUUUGGGGUUAGACCUCUUGGUUCCUACUCUGAAAAUACUGUUGUUCACAUGAGCAGGGUUUGUGAAGCAGCCUAGAGUAGGGGCUAAAGCCGUGGGCUCUGGAGGCAGAACAACUGGCUUGGAAUCUCAGCCCUGGAGCUUUGCAGCCAUGUGACCUGCAGCCAAGCCAUUUUACUUUAAGUCUCAAGUUUUCUCAUCUGUCAAAUGAAACAGUAUCUACCUCAGAAUGAGUAUUAAAUGAAACGAUGUGUGUAAAACAUAGCACAAUGCAGUGGCACACAGGGCAUUAUCUAACAACAGGUAUUAGCAGUUAAAAGGAUACGCACCAGCACAUUUUCACCAUGAUUUACAUAUUAUUGCCACACUCCCAAAAGCAUGUUUUUCUUAAUUAUCCCAUUCAUAAAUUGCUGACAAAUUGGUACUUAGUCAAUCUGUUUAUUGUUCUGUUCACAACCACAUUGAGAUUAAAUCCUUCAACUUAUAAAAUUAGAUGGUUGGUUUUAAAAUAAUUUUAUUCAUAUCACAAAAAUAUCAGAAUAAUAAAAGUAAAAAAUACUACUUGAAAAAAUAGUAGUAACACAUUUAUUAAAUGUAAUAAGCAAUAAUUUACUAUAAUUUAUUUAAAGUACAAGUAAGCUGUCUCUUAGGUUUGUACUGUUUUGUGGUUACUUCUAGAGGUCUCCUUUUGAUCAUGUCCAAGGAUUAUGAAUCUUAACUAAUGUGGCAAUUCCUGGUGUGGUUUUUUUUUUUUGGUAGCUGUUUGUUUGUUUAAAUUCUUGUAAUUUUGUUCUGUGAGCAACCAUUUAAAAGUGUACCUCUGUUCCAUAGACUAUAUAGACUAAUCUAGCCCCUUUACAGCUACCAAAAUUAAACGUUUUAAAUCCAGCCCCGUUUGAGAAACUUGAUCAACUUGCUGUGCAACUCCAGAUUUUCAAAUGAGAAUGUCUGAUUGCCCCAGGUUAAAUCACGUCCACUCCUGGUCCAAUGAGCAUGGAAGGCAAUUUCAGAGAAAGAGGAGUCAUGAGUUAAGUGAUGUAGGAACAGCAGUUGGCCACUUCUUUCUUUUCAAUUCUCUGCUGAUGUCAGAGGGAUCCAGAAAUACCAUGGAGGAAAAGCCACUUUAGGAAUGUAAGGAAGCCCUAUGGAAUGCUAUUUUCAUUACUUCAAUCAAUUUCUGCUAAAGACAGCUUACUCUUUUGUACAUACAUAAAACCUAUCUCAUUUUAAAUGAGAACCUUCUCAUAAAGAUUUUACAAAUGAGAUUAAACUAGCAUAAAGCCAUUUAAGGAGAGUAUCAGUCCAAUGUGAACUAAACAAAUUAUCACUCUCCAACCUUACUAUUGCUUUGAGUUGUAAGUCCCCUACAUACCAACAUUCAAGUUGUGAACUGUUUUUUUUUUAAUUUAACUAAAAAUAAAUUUUAAUUCCUUUAUAUGUCUUUGAAGUAACAAAAUAGAUAUGCCAAUUUUUAUUACAAAAAUGAACUUAUGAAGCUGUUUUCAUUUGCAGUUACUUUCUAGAACAAGUUAUUGAUUAGUUCAUAAAUUUUAAAUAGAAAAAAAAGUUUGUGUGUGGUUUGUACACAUGCACAACUUUUGCUAAAUCUUUUCUUAGAGACGUUUGCAUUUUCCUCCUUAACAGUUUAUUGGUUGUGUCAGUCUUAACCACAGAGGUUAGCAGUGUGUAUUAAGUAUUUUGCUAUGCCCUUGUUCUCUAAUACAGUAUUUGCUUUGGCUUACCAACUUUUUUCCAAGGAAUUAUCAAGAAGCAUUCAUCUGGGCUUUUCAUAGUAUUGAUUUAUUUUUUAGUUGCUCCUUUUAAAAGAAAAAAAAACAGUUCAACAAAAUCUAUUCUUGUUUGACCUAUGAUCUGCUAAGUUUGAUUUACUUUACAAAACAAAAAAUAAAGUCAUUCUGUUUGCAUUUA